AUGCUCAAGAAGAAGUCCCUGGCACCCGCUUUCUUCUGGAACACCACCCCCUCUAGCACCCCCGAACUGUCGCCCACUUCGUCUGACAGCGACUCUGACGAGGAUAUGGAACCUGCUGGCUCCCGACCGGUCAGCCUGGCCGUCUCGGCGGGAGCCUUCUGCCCCAUGCGCCCGACGCUCGACGAUGUUUUGGCCAACGCCGCCCCGCCCCCAUACACCCUCAGCGCCUUCAUGGCUUACCUCUCCCAAAACCACUGUCUCGAGACCCUCGAAUUCACUCUCGAAGCCAAACGCUACCGCGAUACGUUUUACUCGCUGGUCGACCGCCUCGGCGAGGACGCUGUUACCUCGGAUGGCCCGGAAAGUGCGCACCUGCGCAUGCUCUGGCAACGGCUGCUCGUGGCGUAUAUCCUGCCCGGUGCCCCGAGGGAAAUCAACCUCUCCAGCGAGGUGAGGGAUGGUCUUCUGCGUUACCGGGAGGUGUUGUUGCCGCCGGUUCCUGAAACGCUCGAUUCGGCUGUUAAGCGGAUACACGAGUUGAUGGAAGAUCCCGAGGAUACCAUCAACCUCUCCAGCACGAGUCUGGACGAGAAUCCCAUGAAACGCGCCCGGUCCCGCGCAAAGCGCACCUCCCCUCAAUCCUCAACAAAGGAUCUACCGGGUACAGGACCAAGCGGCCGCUCAGCCCUUUCUCUCGGUGCGGUACACGCCCUCGGCAAGCGUGCGUCCGGUGCUCUACUCACCACCUCCGGCGAGUCCGUCUCCGUCGCUUUGACAGACGACUCCAGCCCGCAAUCCAGCCCCACCGUCGAAGAGCCCAUGACGCCGCCAACCACGCCGCCCGCCUCGGAACCUCAUCUCCCGAUGCACAGCCCCAAACUGCGCACCGAAAACCCAUGGAAGAAAAUGGGCAUGAAGCUGGGCUUUAAGAAGCGCUCCGGUGGCGCCAGCGGCUCCCGCGCAGACCCCAAAAUUCUCGGUCUUGAAGAUUGA